AUCAACAUCCAUGUUGGCCCCAUUUACUCACCGUGUACCGUUCGAUCAAGAUCGGUUUCUUCAACAAGUCUAAAACUUCAAGUCUUCGUCUACCUAAUGGACUGCCCAGGAAAACAAAAACAAAAGACCAAGUCUUUUUAUACUAUUAUUUCCGGGUCGCUGGUGUAUUUUCUCUUCUGGGGGAUAUGGUCUCCUCUUUCAUUGGCCGGAACAAAAGAGAAGCCAAACCUUCCUCAUCUGCAAGAAGGAACUUUUAGCUUUGGAUCUACCCCAGAAUAGCUUAUAGUUCUAGGGAAUUAAGCACAGAUGUCCAGAGAAUCGAACUCCCGCAGCAACCACAGCGCAGAGAACGGUAGCUCCGUCCACCAUGUCGUCCACAUCGACGCGAGUUUCUUAUCAGAAGUGGAAGGGAAAAUGCAGGAAUUGCCGAGGCGCUUGAACAGGUCGGCAGGAAGAGACUCUUGUUGCAUCUUCAGAGUCCCUCAGAGCCUAUCGAAGAUCAAUGAAAAGGCCUACCAGCCCCAUAUAGUUUCCAUCGGUCCCUUCCACCAUGGGAAGCCGGACUUCCAGAUGAUCCAGGAGCACAAAUGGCGGUUCCUAAGCGAUCUCCUACUGCGGGCAGAGAGCAAGAGAGUUGUGCUCAAGGACUUCUUCGAGGCAGUAGCUCCGAUGGAGGAGGAGAUCAGGAAGAGCUACUCGGAGACCUUGGAAUUCGAUGGCCGGGACCUUGUUCGGAUGAUGGUGCUCGAUGGUUGCUUCAUCAUCGAGCUGUUCUGCAAAGUCGGGCGGAUCGUCUCGGCCGAUCUCGACGACCCUUUGUUCACUAUGGCUUGGGUUUUGCCUUUCUUGAUGAGGGAUCUCCUCCGGCUUGAGAACCAAAUUCCUUACUUCGUUCUGCGGAAGUUAUUUGAUCUAUCUGUUGAAUCCGGAGAUAAUGGCACCUCCUUGGCCAAGCUUGCCUUGGGGUUCUUCAACUACAUGGUGCAGAGACCAAUGCAUGUGCUGGAGAAGUACUAUCAUAAAGAAGUCAUGCAUUUGCUCGAUUUGUUCCGCAUGAGCUAUAUCCCCGAUUGCCAGGAGGAAGUAAGAAGGCCAAGCAGAUUCCUUCACCUGAUUCAAUGCGCGAAGAAGCUCGGUCAAGCCGGAGUCAAGUUCAGUCCGAGGAAGACUCACAGCAUCUUGGACAUAAAAUUCAGAAAUGGCCUCCUCGAGAUUCCGAUCUUGACUAUCGACGACUUCUGGAGCUCUUUGUUCCUCAAUUUUGUGGCUUAUGAGCAGUGCUAUCGCCAUUCCACCAAGCACAUCACAACCUAUGCUACUUUUAUGGGGUGUCUCAUCAAUACGCCUGCCGAUGCUGGGUUGCUGGGCGACCGCAAGAUCGUCGAGAAUUAUUUUGGUACAGACGAGGAAGUUGCCCGCUUCUUCAAUAAUGUCGGGAAAGAUGUGGUGUUUGAUAUCCACAGGAGCUAUUUGUCCAAGGUCUUUGAGGAAGUGAACGAGUAUUAUCAGAACGAUUGGCAUGUUCGAUGGGCUGGGUUCAGGCACACAUACUUCAGCACUCCGUGGUCCUUCAUGUCGGCCGCAGCAGCUAUAUUGCUUCUGCUGCUUACCACGAUUCAAUCUUUCUAUGCCGUUUGUCAAUACUAUGUACCUUCCAAAAAUAAGUAGCAAUGUUUGUGACACAAAAAGGCACUUGAAAAAGCAAUUUGCAGAUCAGAAUAUCAAAGCUCAGUUGUGAUUCUGAAAUUCGUUGUGAGUUUGGAUUUUUGUCUUACCACUUGUAAGAUACUGUAAACGAUUCGAAUUCGUUAGCUGUCCAACGAAUUUGUGCCAGUGAGAAUAAGAUCGUGGCUCCAAAUGCAACAAUCUUUUGUCGGUGAU